UAUCAGACCGGAUCCAAGAAAGAAGACCGUUCCUCGACAUCCGUGCUCUCACAGAGUCGUGUCUCUUUCUCUCUCUAAACUCAAAACUCAAAACACUUUUCUUCACAGAGGACCUCCAUUGUUACAGUCUGAGAGGACAGCGACUAACAUUCUAGAGAGAGAGAGAGAGAGGUGAAGUGAAGUGUGAAACCCUGAGUUGGGUGUGUUGGUAUUACAUGCAAGCAUGGUAGCUGGGAAAGUUAAAGUGGCAAUGGGGUUGCAGAAGUCGCCGGCGAACCCCAAACCACCGAAGCCGGAUGCGUCGCCGAAGCCGCAUACUCCUUCCCCGAGCUCCGCCAAGCAACCGCAGAAGGGCGCAGUCUUCUCGCGCUCCUUCGGCGUUUACUUUCCGCGUUCCUCCGCCCAGGUCCAGCCCCGCCCGCCGGACGUCACCGAGCUGCUCCGCUUAGUCGAAGAGUUGCGAGAUAGAGAGUACCGGUUGAAGACCGAGCUUCUCGAGCAGAAACUCCUCAGAGAAUCGGUGGCGAUAGUCCCGGUUCUGGAGAACGAGAUUUCUGUUAGAGAUUCGGAACUGGAACGCUCACAUAGAAAAAUCGAGUGUUUGGAGGCGGAGAACGAGAGGCUUAGACAGGAAGUUGAGGUUUUACACAUGGAGCUUGUAAAGCAAAACGGCCGUUAUGAAGAGAAGUUAAAACGCAUGGAAGCUGAGAUUUUGGAGCUGAAAAAGGCGAAUGACGAGUUAGCAUCAGCUCAGAGGCUUGUAGAUGUGACUAAUACGACUCACAAAUCGGUGCUCACCAAGUGUUUGAGAAAAUGCGCGACUCAACCGAGUUUCUCACCGAUGAUUGACAACGUUAAGGCUGAUAGUGAGAAGAGUAAGAAAGAGGAAGGAUCCAUGGAAAUGGCGAUGGAGAUCAGUGAAAAGCCAAGGCAUUCUCGGUCUAACUCCGAGGAAAUGACAGAUACAUCGGAGAGUUUGAUGAGCUUAAGAUCCCGAGUUCCGCGGGUUCCUAAGCCUCCUCCGAGACCGUCUUCGUCUUUGUUGUCUUCCUGUUCAUCGUCUUCUCUGCGUUCUUCUUGCUCUUCUCCUUCGUAUGGAUCUCUAGCCGAUUCUGCAAACCGUGUAAUGGCGGAGAUUACUCACAUUCCGCCUCCUCCUCCACCUCCACCCAUGGCGCAGGUAAAAGCAGCAGCUGCUCCCCCAGCACCUCCGCCGCCGCCUCCGCCGCCGGCUCUUCCGUCCGCUAAGGUGGCAGCCCUGGCGCCGCCGCCACCUCCUCCGCCGCCCAGGGGCUUGAAACCCGUGCCUGCAAAAGUAAGACGGGUGCCAGAGGUUGUGGAAUUCUAUCAUUCCCUUAUGCGGAGGGACUCCCGGCGUGAGUCCGGAGGCUAUUGUGAGGCCUCUGCCCCGACGACGGCAACGGCCAAGGAUAUGAUCGGGGAAAUUGAGAACCGGUCUUCGCAUUUACUUGCAAUCAAGACAGAUGUAGAAACACAAGGGGAUUUCAUUAGAUUCUUAAUCAAAGAAGUUGAGAGUGCUGCAUUCACAGACAUUGAGGAUGUUGUGCUUUUUGUUAAAUGGCUUGAUGAUGAGCUCUCUUACCUGGUUGAUGAAAGGGCAGUGUUAAAACACUUCGACUGGCCUGAGCAUAAGGCAGAUGCUAUGAGGGAAGCUGCAUUUGGGUAUUGUGAUCUAAAGAAGCUUGAAUCUGAGGCAUCUUUGUUCCGUGAUGAUCCUAGACAACCUUGUGGUCCAGCUCUUAAGAAAAUGCAGGCCUUGUUUGAAAAAUUAGAGCACGGUGUUUAUAAUCUGUCAAGAAUGAGGGAAUCUGCUUCCGGGAGAUACAAAUUGUUUCAAAUUCCUAUGAAUUGGAUGCUGGAUACAGGUUAUGCUAGUCAGAUCAAGCUGGCAUCUGUUAAAUUAGCCAUGAAGUACAUGAAGAGGGUUUCUGCAGAGCUUGAAAUGGUUGGUGGUGGUCCUGAGGAAGAAGAGCUAAUAGUUCAAGGCGUCAGAUUUGCAUUUAGAGUACACCAGUUUGCGGGUGGUUUUGAUGUGGAAACGAUGAGGGCGUUUCAAGAACUGAGAGACAAAGCGAGAUCGUGCCACGAGCAGUGCCAAAACCAACACCAACAGCAGCAGCAGCAGCAGCAGAGGACUCUCUGCAGAUCUACAGCUUGCUAAACUCUAGCAAACCCAGGCUGGAUAACUGCGAUCCAUUUUGUUGUAAUUGUAAAGAUAGAGAGAGAGAUACCCAUUCUAAGUUGUAAUUCUGAUUUAUUGAUUAUUUAUAUAUUAUGUGAAAAAAGUUUAUCCACUAUCCCAUGCUACUA